UCCGUUAACAAAACAUGAAGAUUUUAGAUUUUUAGAUUUAGUAAAUAGUUUUUGUUUGAAAUGGUUUUGUUACAACGAUUGGAGCUUCUUAUUACGUUGCUGGUGAUCGGGAAAAACGUUUGUUUUGUGUCGUCAUUGAAGUGCUUUGUGACGUCAUGUAAGGAAGGAAUCGAAGCGGAAUGCACGAUCUCGGAUCCAAGCUCGGAAUAUUUGAAGACCUGCCACCAUUCCAAUGCAUAUUGUUACAUCAAGUCGACCACGUUUUUCAUCGACUACGCUUACGCUUACAACAUAUACGACAAUCAAUCGGCAUAUGCAGCACUAACUGACUAUACAGUAAAUGACAACAGUGAACUUGUAACCUAUGAGCGCGGUUGUACAAAAAGUAAUGUUUAUGGAUGCCUAAGAACUAACGAUCUGUUGGAAUGUGUGUCAACAUGCAAUUCGGAUAACUGCAAUCGUUUUGAGGCAAGUGGAACAUCUAGUUUUGGUCAAGAACCUUCGUUACAAUGUUAUGAUUGCCGCACAAGUAUAGACAACCCUAACUUAUCAUGUAGUGGACCGAACAUAUCAAAGGAAUAUUUGAAGACAUGUUUGAAUGGUCAACUAUGCAUGGUGUCUUAUACAGUGGAUGAAGAGAGUGGAACUCAACGGAUUGAGAGAGGAUGCCAAACUGGUGGCGGGAGUGGAUGUCUUUCUACUAAUGGUAGCUCCCUUGUUCAAUGCACACAAGUCUGUAAUACAGAUGAAUGCAAUAAUCUUCCAGCUUGGAAAGAAAGCUCUUACAUUGAAGAUUCAGCAUCAAGCUUACAAUGCUACAACUGCUAUGAAGAUUCUCAAUACAGCCAAUGUUCUGAUUAUCGAAUAAGAACUUGUCCUUCAGGACAUAAUUAUUGCAUCACAAUCACAAAUCGAACAGGUGAUUUUUAUCAAACAACAAAAUCAUGUUCUGUUUACAAUAUUACUGGUUGUCGUAGUUACGAUGGAACUCAACAAUGCAUAGCAUCAUGUAAUACAGAUAGUUGCAAUGGCCAGAAGACAAAAAGGGAUUUAGAUAUGCUACUCUAUGCAAUCUACAUUGCUAAAGUUUUGUAA